CACAACUUCUCUGUUGUGUUGUCUUCUGAUCCUCACUACCAUGGCUAGAAAUAAGGUGAAACUAGCAUACAUAACAGGUGAUUCGAAGAGGAGGAUAACAUUCAGAAAGAGGAAAAAUGGAAUUAUGAAGAAGAUUAAUGAAAUUAGCACCCUAUGUGGAGUCGAAGCAUGUGCAAUAAUUUCAGAGCAAAACAACCCUCGAGUAGAAGUUUGGCCAUCAGAUUCAGGGGUCAGAAGUGUGAUAUCUAGGUUUAGGAGUUUGCCUGGAUAUGAACAAUGUAAAAAGAUGGUGGAUCAGGAGGUCUUCUUGAAGCAAAGCAUUGGGAAAGUCUACGAGCAGUUGAAGAAGCAAAGGGAGGAAACCAGAAAGAUGGAAAUGACCAAUAUCAUUGAUCAUUAUAUUCAAACCAUAGAAUUUAAUGGAAAUUCGAUGAGCAAAUCUGAUCUCAAUGAUUUUUCAUCUUUUAUUGAUGAGAAUUUGAAGGAGGUUAAUCUGAAGAUGAAAGAAAUGACAAUCAAAGAUCAAAAGGAGGUUGGAAAUGGGGUGGGAUUAUGAAUAGGACUAAGGAUCCGAAAAAUACUAGUUUUGAAUGGUUUUUUCUUCUUCUCUUUUGUUGUAUGAUAUGGAGUCUCUUCUCCACUAUCAUUUGGUUUUAUUGUCUUUUCUUUUUUGUUUGAAAGUUUGUCUUUGUGCAUGUUUGUUUCAAACAUGUAGACUUUUUUUUUUUAAGUUAUGUUUACUUUUAAAUUACCGAUGAUAAUCAAUGGAAUACAUAGACAAUUUGUUUUGUGAUC